AUGAUAGAUUUAGAUAGUUCAACACUAUCAGAUCAAUUGACAAACGAGUUUUAUAUACUCCACUUGAUAUAUCAUAGGAAUCGUAACCAGCAUAGGUUACUGACUUGGUGGAACUACUUGAACAUUUUGCAUCGCAAAUUGCGGAAAGUAAUUAAGCUACUAAUAGAUGUGAAUAGAAUUUCAAUCGAUUCAAAGAUUCAAAGUAAAAACAAAGAGAUACGGGAAGUCGUGAAAUAUCUUGUUAAAAAGAAUAUAUUAAAAAAAUGUUACUACGAAUUCAAUAACAUUAUUACUUUGGGACAGUUCGUCAAUCUUGGCUUAACUUUAAUUGGUAGUUUGAGCAGAAUUCACUCUUUGUUUCAACAAUACAAAGGAACUAAAGAAUUGAUAGAAGAUAACUCCUCUAUAAGUCACUUAGUGAAAAAUUAUGAACACCCAGAAGAUGACGUAGGGGAGAUUUUGGAGUACGAUGUUAAUAAUUACCCACAUAUCUCAAAACAGGCUGUCGUUCCCAUUCCUGUUAAAGAAACUGAAAUAGCAAAGGAGCAGAACAAUGAAAAGUUUGACGACUGGGAACAAUCUAUUAAAAGAAAUAGUUCGACUUUACUUGAUAACUCACCAGUGAGCGGACGUCGUUCACGAAAGAAGAGAAAGAAGAAAAGCGAAAUAGAUGAAAUAUUUGGUUAA